AUGUCCGACAACAUCCCAAUAGAAAUCCAAGUGGAAAUUAUUAAAAGGGUUCCAGCGAAAUCAUUGAUCAGGUUCAGAUCCGUUUCGAAACAAUGGAUGUCUCUGAUCGAUAGCCCUGAGUUUAUCACCUAUCACAGAGUCAACCAGACUCAGCAGCCGCAUCAUCUGCUCGUAAUGCACUGCGAAGAAGAUAUGAAGUUCAAAUAUGUCUCGAUUGUUGAUGAUGACGACCACAAGUUUUCUCCUACUGUUACUACUCCGACUGUUAAGCUAGUUAGGCAUCCAACAUUGCUCGGCUGCUCUGACGGAUUGGUGUGUUUGUUCAAUUAUUGGAAGAGGUUGAUUGUUCUUUGGAAUCCAUCUAUUAGGAAAUCUUUUGGUAUAGCGUUGCCCGAUGGAGUAGAUGCUUUAGGUUUUGGGGUUUGUCGUCAAACUUCUGACCCUAAGAUUGUCAAAAUCACACACACCAUCCGUUACGAGGCUCAAGUUUUUACGUUAACAACGCCUGGGGCUGGGGCUUGGGGAAGCAGCAGCAUAUCGAUGAAUCUGCCUCUGCCUGAAUCAAUGCGAUUUUCGUCGGCUAAUGCGGCGGUGGUUACAGAUGAUGGGGUUAUUCAUUGGCUUGCUUUUAGUUUGACUCCUCCAAAGACUUAUCGGAUCAUUUCAUUUGAUUUGACAUGGGAAGAGUUUGGACAAGUAGAUCUUCCGGAUGCUUUAGCACGCAGUCGAUAUCUCAACAUAUAUAAGCUCAAGGAGUCUGUUGUUGUGCUCGACUACAAAAGCUGUAGAGGCUGUGACGUAUGGAUGAUGUCCUCUUUUACAAAACUAUUCACUCUUAGGGAUGUUGAGGUCGAUAGUAUAAUUGGAUUUAGGAAGAAUGGCCAACCUAUGCAUCAUCGACCUGUUGUUGCUGGUGAAGGUGGUGGUGAACUUCAAGUUUAUGACCCCGCCUCGGAUAGCAUGAAUGGUCUUGGGAUUUAUGGUGCCUCCUUCAAGAUGGCCGCCUACACAGAAUCCCUACUUCUGCUUCAUCACUCUGAUUCUAUCAUUGAAUGGUCUUUGAGCCGCGUUUAA